AUGGCAGAAGCAACAAAGAGGUAUGCAGUUGUUACUGGGGCAAACAAAGGCAUAGGAUUGGAAACUGUGAGGCAAUUGGCCUCAAAUGGAUUCACUGUAGUCUUAACUGCCAGAGAUGAGAAAAGGGGUCUUGAAGCUGCUAAGAAACUCAAAGAGUCUGGCCUCUCAGGUCAAGUGGUUUUCCAUCAACUUGAUGUGGCUAACCCUGCUACUGUUGCUUCCUUGGCAGAGUUCAUCAAAACCCAGUUUGGGAAACUCGAUAUCUUGGUGAACAAUGCAGGGAUUGGGGGAGCCAUAGGAGAUGCUGAUGCCUUUAUAGCUUUAUUAAACUCUUUGGAAAUGGAGAUAACCUACAAUACCGGUGUCCUACCUGUCGAAGAAUGGGGCUGCAAGGGUUAUGAAGUAUGCAGUUGUUACUGGGGCAAACAAAGGCAUAGGAUUGGAAACUGUGAGCAAUUGGCCUCAAAUGGAUUCACUGUAGUCUUAACUGCAGAGAUGAGGAAAAGGGGUCUUGAAGCUGCUAAGAAACUCAAAGGAGUCUGGCCUCCCAGAGUUCAUCAAACCCAGUUUGGGAAACUCGAUAUCUUGGUGACAAUGCAGGGAUUGGGGGAGCCACAGGAGAUGCUGAUGCCUAUAUAG